AAAGCGCCCCACACGACGCCCCGCGCCCCGCGGGACCCCCUCGGGUCGGCUGUCGACGCUGCCGCGCUCGCCGAGCACACAUCCCCCUGUGCGUGGUAAGCCACGGGGUGAGGUGUCCUCGGCUCCGCGCGGUCGGCUGACUUCCGGCUUUCGUCGAGGAUGGUGGUCCUGAGCGCGUCCGUGUGCACGAAGAAUGGGCGGUGCCUCUUCGCCCGCCAGUUCGUGGAGAUGAACCGGCUGCGCGUCGAGGGCCUGCUCGCGGCGUUCCCCAAGCUCAUGGGCACGGGCAACAAGCAGCACACGUUCAUCGAGACGGACUCGGUGCGCUACGUCUGGCAGCCCGUCGAGUCCAUCUACCUGCUCCUCAUCACGAACAAGGCGUCGAACAUCGUCGAGGACCUCGAGACGCUGCGGCUGCUGAGCAAGGUCGUGCCCGAGAUCGCCGGGGGCCACAGCGAGGAGAAGCUGAGCGACAAGGCCUUCGACCUCGUCUUCGCCUUCGACGAGGUCAUCACGACGGGCGGCUACCGCGAGGCGAUCGACCUGCGGCAGAUCCGGACGAACCUCGAGAUGGACAGCCACGAGGAGAAGCUGCACAACAUGGUGAAGAAGACGAAGAUGGACAGCGCCAAGGACCAGGCGGCGCACAUGUCCAAGGUCAUCAAGAGCCGCCAGCGCGAGGCGUCGAAGAGCGGCGACGACCCCUACGGCGGCGGCGGCGGCGACUUUGGGGGCGGCAUGGGCAUGCCCGCGCCGCCCAUGGGCGGCGAGAGCCCCUACGGCGAGUCGCCCUACGGCGCGCCCGCGCCGCCGCCGGAGCCCGUCGUCCAGGUCAAGAGCAUGAAGCUCGGCGGCAAGAAGAACAAGUCGUCGCUCAUGGACAAGAUGGCCGCCGAGGACGGCAUCUCCAUCGCCCCGGCCUUCACGCCGUCGAAGCCCGCGUCGUCCUCCGCCGCGCCGCCGCCGCCGCCGCCGACGGCCGCGCAGCCCAUCUCCUUGAUCGUCGAGGAGAAAUUGACCGUCGCGCUCUCGCAGGAGGGCGCGCUCGAGUCCUUCGACCUCAAGGGCACGCUGUCCCUCACGGCGAACGACGAGGGCGCGGCCCUGUGCAAGGUCCAGAUCGCGGACAAGGCCGCGGCGCCGGGCACGACGUUCCAGGUGCACCCCAAGGUCUCGAAGAAGGACUGGGAGGCCGACGGCGCCGUGAUGAUGAAGGACGCGUCCAAGGGCUUCCCCGUGGGCCGCCCCGUCGGCGUCGUGCGCUGGUCCCUGUCGACGACGGACGAGGCCCUCGUGCCGCUGACGAUCAACUGCUGGCCCGAGGACGAGGGCGACGGCGUCAUGAACGUCAACGUCGAGUACGAGCUCAAGCGGCCCAUGGAGCUCUACGACGUCGUCAUCCGCAUCCCGGGCUGCGGCAACGCGCCGGAGAUCGUCUCCGUCGACGGCUCCCACACGCACGACGCCAAGGAGGAGGUGCUCGACUGGAAGCUAGACAUGGUCGACGGGUCGAACAAGCAGGGCACGCUCGAGUUCAACAUCAACGCGCGCGACGCCGACGACUUCUUCCCCAUCGCCGUGACCUUCCGGUCCAAGUCGCUCUACUACGACGCGCCCAUCGCCUCCGUGACGGCCAUCGACGGCGACGCGCCCGUCGCCUACUCGCUCAACAAGGCGCUCACCGUCGACUCGUUCCGAAUCGCCUAGGCGACCCCCGAAGAGAGACCGCGGGCCCCAAGACAGCCCGCGCGGACGGCCGACGCGACUCGCGCACCACUCUAACGAACUCGCGACCGC